AGACCAGGUGGUUGUACCGCGACGCUCUAGCCCGCCCAAUUUUUUUCUUCAACCACCCCCGCUAUUCACACACACGAUCCCAGGAUAUCUGCUUAACAUGCUAGCCCUCCGCUCGAUUGCUGCCCCGGUGCAGCGCCAAUGCUGGCGUGCAGCUCCCCGCGCCGCCGUUACCCUUUCGCUGCAGAACCAGAGGCUGUACUCGUCGCAAGAUCGUGUCGCCAAGUUCAACGGACAGAAGGAUGCGCAGGGCCGCUACACCGUCAGCUUGAUUGAGGGUGACGGCAUUGGCCCCGAAAUUGCCGUUGCUGUCAAGGACAUCUUCGCUGCCGCCAAGACCCCCAUCGUCUGGGAGCCCAUCAACGUCGACCCAAUUCUCAAGGAUGGCAAGACCGCGAUCCCCGAUGCUGCCAUUGAGAGCAUCAAGAAGAACAAGAUCGCCCUGAAGGGUCCCCUUGCUACUCCCAUUGGCAAGGGUCACGUCUCUCUCAACCUUACCCUCCGCCGCACCUUCAACCUUUUCGCCAACCUGCGGCCCUGCCGGUCGGUUGCCGGCUACAAGACCCCCUACGACAAUGUUGACACGGUCCUGAUCCGCGAGAACACCGAAGGCGAGUACUCCGGUAUUGAGCAUGUCGUGGUGGAUGGCGUCGUCCAGAGCAUUAAGCUCAUCACCCGCGAGGCCAGCGAGCGUGUGCUGCGGUUCGCCUUCCAGCACGCGCGUGCCAUUGGCCGCAAGAAGGUCCGCGUCGUGCACAAGGCCACCAUCAUGAAGAUGAGCGACGGCCUGUUCCUCUCUGUCGGCAACCAGGUUGCCAAGGAGUUCCCGGACAUCGAGUUCGACGCUGAGCUGCUCGACAACACCUGCCUGAAGAUGACGACCGACCCUGUGCCGUACAACGACAAGGUCCUGGUUAUGCCCAACCUCUACGGCGACAUUCUGUCCGACAUGUGCGCCGGCUUGAUUGGUGGUCUGGGUCUGACGCCCUCUGGCAACAUUGGUGACGAGUGCUCCAUCUUCGAGGCCGUCCACGGCUCCGCCCCUGAUAUCGCUGGCAAGGGUCUCGCCAACCCCACCGCCCUCCUCCUCAGCUCUUUGAUGAUGUUGAGGCACAUGGGCCUGAACGAGUAUGCGGACCGGAUUGAGAAGGCGACGUUUGAUACUCUGGCUGAGGGCAAGGUUCUGACCGGCGACUUGGGCGGAAAGGCCAAGACGCACGAGUAUGCGGCGGCCAUCAUCGAGAAGCUAUGAUAUCCCUCUAUAGACUGUACUAGUACUGCGGCCAAUGUUUGAUUAGCAUCUUGGCUGGUUGUUAACGAUGACGAUUGUAAUGACCUCUUCAAAUUCCAUUGUGGGCAUGCCCGAUCGCGAAGGAACCGUACCUUAGACCCACUCGACUGAAGAAGAGUUCCAAAAGGGUGCCAGCCGGCAAACGGAAGAAUCCAAACAAGAGGAGGGUUAUGGGCGUCAGUUCGGGCUAACAAAUGCGACUGCUGCGCAUCCUCGAGCUGGACACCUUGCUGAGAAGGCAGGCCAAGCAGGUGGGCUAUCAUAUUGUACAGAUUGCUCGCGCGAGGUACAGUCAAUUGAAUGUGAGGGCGGGAUGCUU